AUGGACUUUAUAAAUGAUAAAUAUGCUGUAAUUCCAAAAUCUUUGAAGGUAAUAUUAAUUCUUUAAGAGAGAGUGAUGAAGAAAUUUAAAAAAAUAUGGCUCCUGAAAGUAAUUCAUUUGUUGAGAGAGCUAAGUUUUUAUUAAUAAAUGGUUAAAGUUUCUAAAAAAUGUUUGUCGUUAAAAAUAUUUAAGAAUCAUUGUCUAAUCCUAAAGGAGCUUAACAAUUAUUAGAAAUAAUUGCUAAUUAAUUACUUUAAUUGCAUGAGGAAACCUUAAUAUAAGAAUACAUCAAAGCAGUGAGUGAAAUAUUCAAUAAAAUUUAAGUAUUAAGAAUUAAUAUUUUAGAUCACUAAUUAAUUGAAACAAUCUUAUAGUGAUAUUUGCUUUAAUAUGUUUACAAAAUAAUAUCAAUAAUAUGAUAUUAUUAAUUCUUGUGCAGAAAUACUUAAAUAUUUAGAUGACCUAGAAAUUUAUAAAGAAGGAUUAUAUCUUGAGACAGACAAUCAAAUGUAUUAAAUUCUAAAAAUUAUUGAAAUAUAUUAUCAUAAAUUUACACCUGAGUUAAAAAAAUAGGCUCACCUUCAAAUUAAAUCAAGUAUGAAACAUAAAGAUGAAAGAGUUCGUAAAAUUAUUUCAGAAAUAUUAUUAAGUAAUCAGUAAUUAUAAAAAUCCAUAUUACAUGAAUUUGAUUGGAUUGAUAAAUUUACAACAUUAAUUUAUGAUUAAUCUAAAGAAGUUAGAAUGAGUUCGGCCAAAUUUUUUUUAGCUACUUAUGAACUGAAUGAAGAUAUUCAUAAAACAAGGUUGCUUCUUCUCUUAGAAAAUAUUAUCAAAUAAUUGGAUUCAUCUUAAUUUUAGUUUUGUCAAUUAAUUUCAUUAUAUGUACUAUAUAUAAUCAUAUUUAGAGUUUAAACUCAGAUAAUUUAUAAUCUCUUUUAAUUGAUAAAAUUAAUGAAAUUAUUGAUAUUAGUAAUGAGAAUGUUUUCCUAUUUUUAGAAUCAUUACAUACAUAUUAUCCAACAAUAAAAUAAUUUAAUGAAAAAAACUCAAUUUUCAUAGAUGAAUUGUUAUUAAAUUCUAUAUAAAUCAUUUCUGAAGAUUUGAGAGAUUAUGACAUUUUUAAGUGUUUGACUAAUUUAUUUUCAAGUUUAUCCUAAGAUAUGUAAUUUAAAGUAAUUUAAAAAUUAUUUAUCAAUUUUGAAAUAAAUUAGUUAUUAUUUAUUCCUUAUUUAUCUGAAAUAAUUGAAAAAGCAACAUUGAUAAAUAAAAAUAAAAUUUGGCUUUAAUAACUUUAAACUAUAUAUGAAACAUUUAAGAAAAAUGUUUUUUUAUAUGAAAUAAAAGGAUUAUGGAAUGAAAUAUCAAACAUGAUAGAUUCAAUGAUAAUAAUAUCAAGAAUAUUAUUUUUAUAGAAGGAUUUUCUGUAAUAAUGUUUAAAAAUGAGUCAUAUGGGUUCAAAAUUUAUAAGAGAUAAAAUAAUGAAUCUUCUGAUUGAAAAAAUCAUUGAAUUAGAUUCAUUAGAAAGCAGAGAUUUAAUAAUUCAAAAUUAUUCAGGUUUCAUUAAUCAUUAAAAUUAUUAAUUAAGAUAAUUAUCGAUAGAAUUUAUCAAUAAAUUAUGUUAAUAACGAUCAAGGAAAUUCUUUACAUCAAACAAUCUUAUUAAUGUAUUAUAAUUGUAGUAUGAUCCUGUUGCUUUAGUAAGGGCUAAAAUUCCAAAAUUGUUAUUGUAAAUAAAGCUAUUAUUUUGGAAUGAUGAAAAGGAAAUUCUCACCAGAAUUGCUUAAAUUUUUUAAAACUUGAUGAACGAUAAGAAAUAAUACAUUUAAUAAGUACAUGCUUAUAUAACAAGAUUUCCAAAGACUUUUGGGUCGAAUUAUCAAAUAUUUAAUAUUCGAAUGCUUAAAAAACAAUUGAGUAAAAUUAAAUAAUGGAUGAAAGAGAACAAUAAGAAUAUGCAAAUUUAAAAGUAUAUAGAUAUUAAUAUAAGGUAAUUAAAUAACAGUUGUUGCUAAAUCCAAAAAAUAUAAAAACAGAUGUUAGUAAAUCCAGAAAUUAAACUCCUACAACAAGAUUGCCACCUCUAAAUAAAAGAUAGAAUAAUUUCUUACAAAUUCCUAAAGGUGUGUAGCCUAGAAAAACUUCUGCUUAAAGAGUUAUUUAAUCAAAGUCUCCCCAACCCUUUAAAUGA